AUGGAAAAAGGGUUGGACAGCAGGAGCAGCCAGUUCCGGUUAGCUCUGGUGGUUAUACAAAGUGAUCCACUCUCUGAGCUCAGGAUUCCUUUCUGGGCACACUUUGUGAUGAGUUGCUUUUCCCGCUUUUAUCACAGCCAGCACACCCUGUCUCUGGCUUCUGGCUACUGCAUCUCACUGGUUCAUGCCCGAGUCUUCUUCUGUGCAUGGAAGAUGUCAGAAAAGAGCCAUCGCUUGAAGUCGUCCCCUGGCAAAGUGUCUCUGAAAACUGCCACUGCCGCUCCUUGCAGCAAUACUCCUAUACCAGCAGUGGGCUCCAUCUUGCCCGCUGGAGAUCGUGUGCCUUUCUCCCUGCUUGCCCAGGUAACAGACAAGGAUACUCUGUGUCUGGGCUUGGAAAUCUCCUCCAGCGGAAGGCCAUCAGCUGACGAUGACACCUCUUCAAAGCUGCACCGGAUUGGUGCAGGGGAUGCAAACCAGCAAUCCUCCAGUUCCUCGCAGAAAAAGAGCCUUGGCCGGUACUUGUGGGGUUGCUUGAAGGGUAAACACGGUACAAACAAGGCCAAGGGGCAAUUUCUGGAGCCUUUAGAGCAGGAAGGCAGUCUCAGGAUAGCCCAGCUGGUGCUGGUGCUCAGGGAAUGGGCCAACAAAGGUCUGCGAAAAGAACCACCACGCCCAGAUUCUUUCCUUGAACGGAUCCGUGGGCCAGAGGUGCAGACCUUGUCUUCAACUACAAGUAGCAAAGCUGACAGCCAAGAUAAAGAAGGCGGCAAAAAGAAGAAGAAGAAAUGGGAGCUGUUUGUGUUGGAUCCGUCCGGGGACUGGUACUACCGCUGGCUGCUGGUCAUUGCACUGCCUGUUCUGUACAACUGGUGCCUGUUAGUAGCACGAGCCUGUUUUAAUGAGCUCCAAACACGGUACUUGAUCCUAUGGCUUGUUCUGGACUAUGUCUCUGAUGGCAUCUAUCUUCUCGACAUUAUCAUCCGGCUGCGCACAGGUUUCCUUGAGCAGGGCUUACUCGUCAGAAACUCCAAGAAGCUGGGCGAUAAGUAUGUUGCCACCUUACAAUUCAAGCUUGAUAUUCUCUCUGUUUUACCCACUGAUUUUGCAUACAUUGCCACGGGCUUAAACCGGCCUGAGGUCCGGUUCAAUCGGCUGCUACGCUUCUCUCGCAUGUUUGAGUUCUUCGAUCGAACUGAGACGAGGACCAGCUACCCAAACAUCUUUAGGAUCUGCAACCUAGUGUUGUACAUCUUGGUCAUCAUCCACUGGAAUGCCUGCAUUUAUUAUGCCAUUUCCAAGUCCAUUGGCUUUGGAGUGGACACCUGGGUUUAUCCAAAUAUAUCCGAUCCAGAGUACGGCUAUCUGACAAGGGAGUAUAUCUAUUGUCUCUAUUGGUCUACCCUGACCUUGACAACCAUUGGAGAGACCCCUCCCCCUGUGCGGGAUGAAGAGUUUCUCUUUGUCAUCUUUGACUUCCUGAUUGGUGUCCUCAUCUUUGCUACUAUUGUGGGAAAUGUGGGCUCCAUGAUCUCCAACAUGAAUGCCACCAGAGCCGAGUUCCAGGCCAAGAUCGAUGCUGUGAAGCACUACAUGCAAUUCUGCAAAGUGAGCAAGGACAUGGAGGCCAAGGUCAUCCGGUGGUUUGACUAUCUCUGGAUCAGUAAGAAAACUGUUGAUGAAUGGGAAGUACUCAAGAAUCUCCCUGACAAGUUGCGAGCAGAGAUAGCUAUCAACAUCCACCUUGAGACCCUGAAGAAAGUGAGGAUAUUCCAGGACUGUGAGGCUGGCCUCUUGGUAGAACUCGUGCUGAAGCUCCGCCCUCAGGUUUUCAGACCUGGCGAUUAUAUUUGUCGAAAAGGGGACAUAGGAAAGGAGAUGUAUAUCAUUAAAGAAGGGAAGCUGGCUGUGGUGGCUGAUGACGGCGUGACUCAGUAUGCUUUGCUAACUGCAGGGUGCUGCUUUGGCGAGAUCAGCAUCCUCAACAUCAAAGGAAGCAAAAUGGGGAACAGGCGGACAGCGAAUAUACGCAGCCUUGGCUACUCUGACCUCUUCUGCCUGUCAAAGGAUGACCUCAUGGAAGCAGUGAUGGAGUACCCUGAUGCCAAGAAAGUUCUGGAGGAACGUGGCCGAGAGAUUCUGGUCAAAGAAGGGCUGUUGGAUGAAACAGAAGCUUCUGAAAGCAUGGAAGGGAACAUGGGACAGAAACUGGACCGGCUGGAGAGCAGCCUGGAGAUGCUGCAAACCCGCUUCUCCCGGCUCUUGGCUGACUAUGACGCUGCUCAGAUGAAGCUCAAGCAGCGCAUAACCUUCUUGGAGAACAAACUGAAGCAAUCCAACCAGAGUGACUUUUUCUCUGAUGCCUCUGACAACCUACUGGAGGAUGAAGGGCAACCAUGA